AUGUCGCCUACCUUCACCGGCCCGAUCGGUGGCUGGUCAACCCAGGGCCAGGACAGCCCCCAGCAGACCGAAGAACCUGCCGCUACCGCCGACGACUCGUCACAUCAAAGCCCAGCCAGUCAGCCCACCGCAGCGACCCAGGACCCCGACUCUACUGCCAACGCCGCACCCAAGUCGAUCACAUCCGUUGAAGCUACCUCGAUUGAAUCAACUUUAGCUGUCGCCCCUUCGAGCACCUCGACUCAUGAGACCAAACAGUCCAGCUACUCUGCGCUGCCCUCCCCCACCGCCUCUUCUGUAGUCACACCAACUAGCAAGAGCAAUGCCGAUGAGGGCACCAGUCCUGGCGCCAAGGCCGGCAUUGCUUUUGGUGUUCUUGGUGGUGUCUUACUUGUUGGUCUGAUUGUCUUCCUUGUUUUCAACCGCCGCAAGAGACAGGUCCAGCGUCGCAGCGCCGACAACGAAAAACUCAACGGCGCAGGCGACACUCUUGCUCGUAUGCCCAGCCACUCUGACCCCAGAGCUCCCCGCAUCAGCCUUCGCCCUGUCACUCAGUUCCUGCCCAACUGGAACAUGGAGAAGAACGCUCAGCGUGGCGCCGCCAACCUUGCCCCAGCCGCUGCCAACCAGUGGGAUCGCCCCGGCACAAGCCAGAGCAACCACCCCAACAACCCCUUUGGCAGCGGAGCGGAGCGUAUUUACAGCCCCGAUGGCCCUGCACGCGACCCAUGGACUGCUAAUGGCCCCGCCGUUGGUGCCGUUGGUGCCGUUGGUGCCGUUGCUGGCGCCGCUGGCGCCGCCGCCGGUACUGCAGCCCUGGCCAGAAAGACAUCCAUGCGCAAGGCGAAUCAGAAGGACGUUGAUCUGACUGUCCCCGGCGCCCUCGACGCGGUCCCCCCCAGCCCUGCUGGUACUGAAUUCAGCACCUCUUCGAUACCCGCCGGGGCUCCCAACCCCCCCUCCCAGAGCGCCGCUGCCAUUGCGGCUGCUGGCGGUCCUCCUAGCUCCGCCGUCCACCGCGUCCAGCUCGACUUCAAGCCUACUCUCGAAGAUGAGAUGGAGCUUACCGCCGGUGACUUGGUUCGCCUUCUUCACGAAUAUGAUGAUGGCUGGGCUCUCUGCAUUCGUCUCGACCGGUCUCAGCAGGGUGUUGUUCCCCGCACCUGCCUGUCUACGCGUCCGGUGAAGCCCCGUGCUCCUCAGGGUGCACCUCGCCCUGGUCCUCCAAUCAACCCUCAAGGCGGCUACCCUCAAGGCAGCCACCCUCAAGGCGGCUACCCUCGUGGCCCCAACCAACCGGGCCGCCCGAUGACGCCCCAAGGAAGGCCAAUGACACCUCAGGGCCGCCCCAUGACACCUCAAGGCCCGCAUCCCCAGCAAGGCAUGGGCCCGAGACCCGGUGGACCGAUGACUCCCGGUCGCCCCCAAUCUCCCGGACCUCGCUAUCAAGGACCUCCGUCCGGUCGCCCUCAAAGCCCCAGCGGCAUGAACCCUCGCCCAAUGGGACCUUCCGGUCCCAGCCCGAUGAACCCUGCGCCCGCGUCGCCGAGUCAAGCUCCCCAGAGAAAACCAGUUCCCGGCCAAGCAUACUGA